AUUUCUGUGAAGCAAAACAUGAGGCCAAAGAUUUAUCUUUUCGGUGAUUCAAUCACAGAGGCCUCAUUCGCUGAAGGUGGAUGGGGUGCUUCUCUUGCCAAUCAUUUCUCCCGCACGGUAGAUGUGGUGCUCAGAGGAUAUAGUGGCUACAACACAAGGUGGGUGUUGAAGGUGUUGGAGAGGGUUUUCCCUGCAACACAAGAAGGUGAUGGAGGAAUUGAUAAAGCACCAAUUGCUGUCACUGUUUUCUUUGGGGCCAACGAUGCUAGCCUUCCAGAUAGAAGCUCUGGUUUUCAACACGUGCCUCUCAUUGAAUAUAAGCAGAACCUUCACUCCAUUGUGACCUUCUUCAAGAAGCAAUGGCCAACAACCCAUGUUCUCCUCAUAACACCUCCUCCAAUUGAUGAGGAUGCACGUGUUAGAUAUCCAUAUGUAGAUGAUCCACAGGGUCUCCCUGAGAGGACAAAUGAAGCUGCUGGUGAGUAUGCUAGAGUAUGCAUUGCUGUGGCUGGAGAAUGUGGAAUCCCUGUGAUUGAUCUCUGGACCAAAAUGCAGCAGUACCCUGACUGGAGGAAAGAGUAUUUAAGUGAUGGUUUGCAUCUCACACAAAGUGGCAAUCGAGUUGUUUUUGAGGAGGUAAUCAUGAAGCUGAGAGAUGAAGGCUUGAGUCUAGAAUCUAUGCCAGUUGAUCUGCCACUAGUAUCUGAUAUCGACCCUAAUGACCCUCUGAAGGCAUUUCAGCAGUAAUAGAAGGAUACAUUAUACAGUAAGGGCUACCCCUUUUUGUGGGUUUAUUGUACUUAUUGAAAGAUAUGUUAAUUUAGUAUAUAUUACCUGAUAGUAUUUGGAUCCUCUUUUGUUGUAACUAUUUUCUGUAAGUCUCAUUUG